AUGGCUGGGAUUUUCUAUUUCGUCCUCUUUUCGUUUCUCUUUGGGAUUUGCGACGCUGUCACCGGUUCCAGGGUGUACCCCGCGAAUGAAGUUACCUUAUUGGAUUCCAGGUCUGUUCAGGGAGAACUUGGGUGGAUAGCGAGCCCUCUGGAAGGAGGGUGGGAGGAAGUGAGCAUAAUGGAUGAAAAAAAUACACCAAUCCGAACCUACCAAGUGUGCAAUGUGAUGGAACCCAGUCAGAAUAACUGGCUACGAACUGAUUGGAUCACCCGAGAAGGGGCUCAGAGGGUGUACAUUGAGAUCAAGUUCACCUUGAGAGACUGCAACAGUCUUCCGGGUGUCAUGGGGACUUGCAAGGAGACGUUUAACCUGUACUACUAUGAAUCGGACAAUGACAAAGAGCGUUUCAUCCGAGAGAGCCAGUUUGCCAAGAUUGACACCAUUGCGGCCGACGAGAGCUUCACCCAAGUGGACAUUGGUGACAGAAUCAUGAAGCUGAACACUGAGAUCCGGGAUGUAGGGCCACUGAGCAAAAAGGGGUUUUACCUGGCUUUUCAGGAUGUGGGGGCCUGCAUUGCCCUGGUAUCGGUCCGCGUGUUCUAUAAGAAGUGUCCGCUCACCGUUCGCAACCUGGCCCAAUUUCCAGACACCAUCACAGGGGCUGACACGUCUUCCCUGGUGGAAGUUCGAGGCUCCUGUGUCAACAACUCAGAAGAAAAGGAUGUGCCAAAAAUGUACUGUGGGGCAGAUGGUGAGUGGCUGGUACCCAUUGGCAACUGCCUAUGCAAUGCUGGGCAUGAAGAGUGGAAUGGAGAAUGCCAAGCCUGCAAAAUUGGCUAUUACAAGGCCCUCUCCACGGAUGCCACCUGUGCCAAGUGCCCGCCCCACAGCUACUCUGUCUGGGAAGGAGCCACAUCGUGCACCUGUGACCGAGGCUUUUUCAGAGCCGACAACGACGCGGCCUCUAUGCCCUGCACCCGCCCACCAUCUGCUCCCCUCAACUUGAUCUCAAACGUCAAUGAGACGUCCGUGAACUUGGAAUGGAGCAGCCCUCAGAACACAGGUGGUCGCCAGGACAUCUCCUACAACGUGGUGUGCAAGAGAUGUGGGGCUGGUGAUUCCAGCAAGUGCCGACCCUGUGGAAGUGGGGUCCACUAUACCCCCCAGCAGAAUGGCCUGAAGACCACCAAAGUUUCCAUCACUGACCUCCUGGCUCACACCAAUUAUACAUUCGAAAUCUGGGCCGUGAAUGGGGUGUCCAAGUAUAACCCCAGCCCGGACCAGUCGGUGUCUGUCACCGUGACAACCAACCAAGCAGCACCAUCGUCCAUUGCUUUGGUCCAGGCUAAAGAAGUCACAAGGUACAGUGUUGCUCUGGCUUGGCUGGAACCAGAUAGACCCAAUGGGGUGAUCUUGGAGUAUGAAGUCAAGUAUUACGAGAAGGAUCAGAAUGAGCGAAGCUACCGGAUCGUCCGGACGGCUGCCAGAAACACGGAUAUCAAAGGCCUGAAUCCUCUGACUUCCUACGUGUUCCAUGUGCGAGCCAGGACAGCAGCCGGCUAUGGAGACUUCAGUGAGCCCCUAGAGGUCACGACCAACACAGUGCCCUCCCGGAUCAUCGGAGAUGGGGCUAACUCCACAGUCCUCCUGGUCUCCGUCUCAGGCAGUGUGGUGCUGGUGGUCAUUCUCAUUGCGGCUUUUGUCAUCAGUAGGAGACGGAGUAAAUACAGUAAAGCUAAACAAGAAGCAGAUGAAGAGAAACAUUUGAAUCAAGGUGUUAGAACUUACGUGGACCCCUUUACCUAUGAAGAUCCCAACCAAGCAGUUCGAGAAUUUGCCAAAGAAAUCGACGCAUCCUGCAUUAAGAUUGAAAAAGUCAUAGGAGUUGGUGAAUUUGGUGAAGUAUGCAGUGGGCGUCUCAAAGUGCCUGGCAAGAGAGAGAUCUGUGUGGCCAUCAAGACCCUGAAAGCUGGUUAUACAGAUAAACAGAGGAGAGACUUCCUGAGUGAGGCCAGCAUCAUGGGACAGUUUGACCACCCGAAUAUAAUUCACUUGGAAGGCGUUGUCACCAAAUGUAAACCAGUAAUGAUCAUAACAGAGUACAUGGAGAAUGGCUCCUUGGAUGCAUUCCUCAGGAAGAAUGAUGGCAGAUUUACUGUCAUUCAGCUGGUGGGCAUGCUUCGUGGCAUUGGGUCCGGGAUGAAGUAUUUAUCGGAUAUGAGCUAUGUGCAUCGAGAUCUGGCUGCACGGAAUAUUCUGGUAAAUAGCAACUUGGUCUGCAAAGUGUCUGAUUUUGGCAUGUCCCGAGUACUUGAGGAUGAUCCGGAAGCAGCUUACACCACCAGGGGUGGCAAGAUUCCUAUCCGGUGGACCGCGCCAGAAGCAAUUGCCUAUCGUAAAUUCACAUCAGCGAGUGAUGUAUGGAGCUAUGGAAUCGUUAUGUGGGAAGUUAUGUCAUAUGGAGAGAGACCCUACUGGGAUAUGUCCAAUCAAGACGUGAUUAAAGCCAUCGAGGAAGGCUACCGGCUACCUCCUCCAAUGGACUGCCCCAUUGCACUCCAUCAACUGAUGCUAGACUGCUGGCAGAAGGAGAGAAGUGAUAGGCCGAAAUUUGGGCAGAUUGUCAACAUGUUGGACAAACUCAUCCGCAACCCCAACAGCUUGAAGAGGACGGGGACCGAGAGCUCCAGACCUAACACCGCCUUGUUGGAUCCGAGCUCUCCCGAGUUCUCCGCCGUGGUAUCCGUUGGCGACUGGCUCCAGGCCAUUAAAAUGGACCGGUAUAAGGAUAACUUCACGGCUGCCGGCUAUACCACACUAGAGGCUAUAGUGCACAUGAACCAGGAUGACCUGGCAAGAAUCGGCAUCACAGCCGUCACACAUCAGAAUAAGAUUCUGAGCAGCGUCCAGGCGAUGAGAACCCAAAUGCAGCAGAUACACGGCCGAAUGGUUCCUGUCUGA